AUGAUGAACUUCUUGCGGCGCCGCCUCUCUGACAGCAGCUUCAUCGCCAACCUGCCCAAUGGCUACAUGACCGACCUGCAGCGGCCCGAGCCACAGCAACCCCCACCGCCGCCCCCAGGGUCGGCCGCGGGCCCCGCUGGGCCGCCGGCAGCUGGCUCCCCGGCCCCCGAACGAAGGCCGCCGCCGCCCCAGGCGCAGGGGCAGUCCCAUCAGCCUGCACCCCAGCCGGCCCCGCCGCAGGCGCAGCCGACAGCUCCGGUGCAGUCCAUGAGCAGCAGCUUCUUCAGCUCCCUGUCCAACGCCGUGAAGCAGACCGCCGCCUCGGCUGGGCUGGUGGAUGCCCCCUCCAGCACCCCGGCCGUCUCCAGAAAGUCCAAAUUGCUCCUGGUCAUCGAUGAACCACACACUGACUGGGCCAAGUGUUUUCGGGGCAAAAAGGUCUGUGGAGAUUACGACAUCAAAGUGGAACAGGCAGAAUUUUCAGAGCUCAACUUGGUGGCCCAUGCUGAUGGAACCUAUGCUGUGGACAUGCAGGUCUUCCGAAAUGGCACAAAGGUUGUCAGGUCCUUCCGGCCAGACUUUGUGCUUGUCCGACAGCACUCCUUUGGCAUGGCGGAGAACGAAGACUACCGAAACCUGAUCAUUGGCAUGCACUAUGCUGGCAUCCCCAGCGUCAACUCCCUCGAUUCCAUCUACAACUUCUGCGACAAGCCUUGGGUGUUUGCUCAACUGGUGGCCAUCUACAAGAAUCUAGGAGGAGAGAAAUUUCCUCUCAUUGAGCAGACAUUCUAUCCCAACCACAAAGAGAUGCUGACACUACCGACAUUCCCUGUGGUGGUGAAGAUUGGACAUGCACACUCAGGCAUGGGGAAGGUAAAAGUGGAAAAUCACUAUGACUUCCAGGAUAUUGCCAGUGUGGUAGCCCUCACUCAGACCUAUGCCACAGCUGAGCCAUUCAUUGAUGCCAAGUAUGACAUCCGGAUCCAAAAGAUUGGCAACAACUACAAAGCUUAUAUGAGGACAUCCAUCUCAGGAAACUGGAAGACAAACACUGGAUCUGCAAUGCUAGAGCAGAUUGCUAUGUCGGACAGGUAUAAGCUGUGGGUGGACUCCUGCUCUGAGAUAUUUGGAGGCCUCGAUAUCUGUGCUGUCAAGGCUGUACAUGGCAAGGAUGGGAAGGACUACAUUUUUGAGGUCAUGGAUUGUGCAAUGCCUCUAAUUGGGGAACACCAGGUGGAGGACAGACAGCUAAUCACCGAUCUGGUCAUCACCAAAAUGAACCAGCUGCUCUCUAGGACCCCUGCCCUGUCUCCCCAGAGACCCUCAACUACCCAGCAACCACAGAGUGGGACACUGAAGGAUCCGGAUUUGAGCAAGUCACCACCGCAGCGCCCCGCCCCUCAAGGGGGCCCUGGGCAUCCCCAAGGAUUGCAGUCCCCAAGCAAAGCGCUGCCUUCACGACGAUUAUCCCCGGGACCAACACCAACACCACACUCUUCCUCCUCCUCUUCCUCUUCCUCCUCCUCUUCCUCCUCCUCUUCCUCGGCUCCUCAUCCCGGCGGCCCAGCCGCACAGGCCAGUCCGAACUCCAGCUCAUUGAACCAACCCCAGCCAUCUCAGAGGGAGCCUCGGAAAGCCCAGCCUCAUCCACAGCUAAACAAGUCCCAGUCCUUGACCAAUGCCUUCAGCUUCACUGAGUCCUCCUUCUUCCGGUCAUCAUCGAAUGAGGACGAAGCCAAAGCCGAGACCAUCCGCAACUUGAGGAAAUCCUUUGCCAGCCUCUUUUCAGAUUAAGCCCUUGGAUCCCCAGAUCUCUCUCAUCCAAUGUGUCUAGCACCUCUGACAGCUCCAGGCCCUGCCCUGCCCUGUUUAGUGAUGAUAAUACCCCUGUGACCACCAUCCUGCCCUGCCCUG